UAUCUCCUGCCCCAGGCGCAGGCAGGAAGCUUCUCAUGGCGGCUGGGGAGCCCACGCAGCUGUACGCCAAGGUCUUGGGCAGGACCCGGGGCCGCGGGGCGCCCCCCUCACUGCUGGACCCCCUCUUGGCCAUGGGCUACCCGGCACACACAGUGCUCAAGGCUCUGGCCGCCACGGGGAGGAAGACGGUAGAAGAGGCGUCUGAUUGGCUGCACAGCCACCAGGACGACCCUUCCCUGGAUGACCCAAUCCCGCAGGAGUUUGGGCUGUUCCUGUGCCCGACGGGGCCCCUGCUGGAGCGGCUGCUGGACUUCUGGCGAGAGAGCCGGCGCCAGUGCAGCCGCAACCGUGCCCACGAGGUCUUCCCGCACGUCACGCUCUGUGACUUCUUCACGUGUGAGGACCACAGAGUGGACGGCCUGUACGAGGCUCUGCGCCGGGCGGGGGACCGGGUGCUAGGCGCCUUCCCCGCAGACGUGCCCCUGGCCCUGCAUGCCUCCGUCAGCUACCUGGGCUUCUUCCUGGCCGACAAGCCUUCCGACAUCCUCCGAGAGUUUGCCGCCGACUUCGCCGCCGAGGCCUCCCUGCUGGCAGACUGCACCGUGAAACCCUGCGCCAAGCAGCUGCACCUCACGCUGGCCCACAAGUUCUCCCCCCACCACCAGAGGACGCUGGAGCAGCUGGCCAAGGCCAUCCCCCCCGGCCUCGCCUGCCAGUGGACGGCGGCCCUCUACUCCCGGGACAUGCGCUUCGUGCACUACCAGACGCUGCGGGUGCUCUUCCAGUACCAGCCGCAGAACGCGGAUGAGCUGGCCCUGCGCCCUGGGGACUUCAUCCUGGUGGACCCCACUCAGCAGGACGAGGCCAGCCAGGGCUGGGUCAUCGGCACCUCCCAGCGCACCGGCUGCCGCGGCUUCCUGCCCGAGAACUACACAGAGCGGGCGGACGAAAGUGACACCUGGGUCAAGCACCGGACCUACACCUUCAACCGGGCCCCGGAGCCCAGGAGGGACUUGGAUGCCGGCGGCAGACGUAGCGGGGAGCCGCCCAUUCCGCACACACCUGGGAACAGGAGCGCGGCCAGCACACAGGCAAUCCAGGCCACCGUGACGAGGAGGAGCAUGCUGGUGGUACGGCACGGGGAGCGAGUGGACCAGGUCUUCGGGAAGGGCUGGCUUCAGCAGUGCUCCACCCCUGACGGGGCGUACUACCGGCCAGACCUGAACUUCCCGGGCAGCCUGCCGCAGCGCCGGGGGGGCCUCCGCGACUUUGACAAAGACCCCCCCCUCUCGUCCUGUGGCAUCUUCCAGGCCCGGAGCGCAGGCGCGGCACUGCUGGACAGCGGCGUGAGAGUGUCUGCAGUUUUCUCCUCUCCCGCGCUGCGCUGUGUGCAGACGGCCCAGCUCCUCCUGGAAGAGCUGAAGCUGGAGAGAAAACUCAAGAUCAGAGUGGAGCCCGGGAUCUUCGAGUGGACCAAGUGGGAGACGGGCAAAGCCCUCCCGACCCUCAUGUCUCCGGAGGAGCUGAGAGAGGCCGGCUUCAGCGUCAGCCCCGACUACAGGCCUGCGCUGGCCCUGUCUUCACUCCUGCCGGCCGAGAGCUAUGACAGCUACGUGCGGAGGUGCACGGCCAGCGUGAAGAGGAUGGUCAGCUCGGCCCCCUCAGAUGCGGGCAUCACCCUGGUGGUGGCCCACGGCUCUGCGCUGGACUCCUGCACCCGCCCGCUGCUGGGCCUGCCGCCACGAGACUGUGCCGACUUCGCCCAGCUUGUGAGAAAGAUCCCGGCGCUGGGCAUGUGUCUGUGUGAGGAAGGCCGUGAGGAGGGGCGCUGGGAGCUGGUGAGUCCCCCCGUGAAGACACUGACCCACGGGGCCAAUGCGGCCUUCAGCUGGAGGGCCUGCAUCCCGGGCAGCUGAGCCCUGCCACCCAGGAGGGGCAUCCCCAGGAGGGGCCCCAGCUGGUGGCUGAGGCCCUCAGUCCGUCCCCCGCCCGGCCACCUGGAGAGGCCUCACAGGCGCUUCACCGUCCUGGCCGCCCGUCCCUGUCCGUGUCACCGCCUGCCAGUCCCACGGGGACACGGGGACCCCGGCUCACCAGGACCAGAGGCCAGGUGGUGUGGGCCAUGUGGGGGUCGCCCCCGGUCACACGUCCCUGCUUCAGCCCCUCGUGUCCACACAGACAACGGCAGGUCAGCCGGCGGGGCUCUGCUGGGGACCCCCGGCUCACUCCCUGCUGCAGAGGGGACAGGUGACAGCGGAUGCCAACAGCCGGCCAGGAGCCAGGAGAUGGGCCCCCAGGCCAGAUAUCUGCCCGCCCAUGGAUGCUGCUGUGCGUCUCCUCUCUGUCUCUAAAUAAAGAAUGAAAGGACGGCC